AUGGUGACUGGAAACUGCAUUUCGGAUUGGGAUCUGCCGCUAAGCUCACUCCUCCCCUGUUCUUCCUCUAGAAAAAGGCGUCGGAUCUGUGCAGAGGGGAAAACCCCUCCUCCUCCUACACAGAUUAGCAAAUUGGGAGAAGAUCUCCUCGUAGAGAUUCUGAUUCGCCUCCCUAACCCUAAAUCCGCCGGCCGGAGCAAGGCCGUCUGCAAGCUGUGGAGCUCGCUCAUCUCCGACCCCGGCUUCGAUCGCCGGUUCGUAUCUCACCACCGGAGCAGGAACGAACGAGGCCCACCUCCGCCGCUUCUUUUCUCAGACGACCCUCACUCCAUACUCAGCUUCCUCCCCGUGGCCGAUGAAGAUCGACGGGAUCUCGUAGUUUGGGAUUCCUUCAAGGACCUGAUUCUAUGCGGCUUUGAAGACAGCAUUGAUGCCGAGCCUGAAAGGUCCUACUUUAUCUGCAAUCCGUUCACCAAGCAGUGGAUCGCCCUUCCUCUCGCGCCCAGAAAUGGGGACUUAUACGUGGUGCUCGGAGACAGAAAGAAAUUGGCGGCAAGGUUAGUUUGUGAACCCCGCAGUAGCAGUAUUAGCAACAAUCAUAAUCUUGCACAUGAACCAUUAGCAGAAACUACUGCAUUUGUUUAUUCCGAGUAUCAGUUUCGUGUGGUGUGUAUGUAUCAACUGCGGUCGGGCACAGCGAUGGACGUGUUUAGCUCAGAGUCUGGGAGAUGGAAGAAACAGGCUCUUGUACUAUAUGAUCAGUUGAGAUUGUUUCAUUUCCGUGUUGUCUCGUGGAACAGCGAGCUGUUUUGGAUGUAUCGUCGAGCCGGUGAUCCCCGGAGCUUACGACGGUUUGCUGUAUUUAAUCCUUUCCGCCUCAAUACACCGCUCACUUCUUUGAAUGUACCUUCUGAAAUGUCGUCGGAAAUGGCUGAGCGAAGGGGGAAUCUUUCGAUCUCACAAGGAACUGCGCACAUAAUUCUACUUGGAGUUGAAGGCCCGGGCAGUCGUUGCUCGAGGGGUGCUUUGAGCGUUUGGAGACUGGAAGAAGGUGGCAAGUCUUGGAGCAAACUAUAUGAAAUGGCAUUGAGGAACCCGACAUUGUCUUCGUCGCCUUAUAUAUGUAAGUACUGUCAGGUACUCGAUCUGCAUCCAGAGAAGCCGGAAAUUGUGCUCUUAGCAUAUUUGAACUAUCCCGAUACGGGUAUAUUGUCCUGCAACUUGAGGACGGGAGAAGUAGAGAUGCUUGCUGAACCAAUGACAUGUUAUUUACACAAUUGGAGGGUGUUCCAGCCUAGGGUGUCCUGCUGGCCUACUCCAAUUCCAAGGUACGAGAAAUUACGAGGUUACAAUGGAAGCAAGGGAACUCUUAGGCGUUGUUUUAAGAAGCAGAAGAAAAUUGUUAGGUAUUGUGGUAUUGGUUAA